CAAAAAAAAAAUUGUGGAGCAUUAUGUUAGCAUCUUGUUUUUCUACUCUGCUUACUCAAUCAGCAAACCCUAAGCUGUUCCUUACAACUUCAUCAGCGAGAAAUGGGAAGAAGAUCAAGGCAAUGGCUUCUAAUUCCUCUCCAAAGAGAGAGACAGAUCCAAAGAAAAGGAUAGUGAUAACUGGGAUGGGGCUUGUUUCUGUUUUUGGAAGUGACAUUGAUGUUUACUACAACAAAUUGCUUGCUGGGGAGAGUGGCAUUACUCUCAUCGACCGAUUUGAUACAUCAGAUUUUUCUGUUAAGAUCGCCGGCCAGAUUCGCGGCUUCUCUUCGGAAGGAUACAUCAAUGGGAAGGAUGAUCGCCGUCUCGAUGAUUGCUGGAGAUAUUGUUUGGUUGCCGGGAAACGGGCUCUCGAUGAUGCUAACCUUGGGAAAAAAGCUGUUGACACUAUGGACAAAACGAGAAUGGGAGUGUUGGUGGGAUCAGCAAUGGGAGGCAAUACGAUUUACAGCGAUGGAAUUGAAGGCUCAGUCCAAAAAGGGCCUAAAAAUAUAAGUCCAUUUUUCAUCCCUUAUUCAAUAUCAAACAUGGGGUCUGCAUUGCUGGCCAUAGAUGCCGGCUUCAUGGGGCCUACUUACUCCAUCUCAACAGCUUGCGCUACUGCCAAUCACUGCUUCAUUGCUGCUGCAAACCACAUCAGGCGAGGCGAGGCAGACGUCAUGGUGGCUGGUGCAUCUGAUGCCGGAGUCACUGUAGCUGGAGUCGGGGGCUGCACAGCCUGCAGAGCCUUGUCUUUGAGAAACAACGAGCCUCAUAAGGCGUCGAGACCGUGGGACAUACACCGAGACGGUUUUGUUAUGGGAGAAGGUGCUGGUAUUUUGAUCAUGGAGAGGAUGGAUCACGCGAUGAGGAGAGGGGCGCGGGUUUAUGCAGAGUAUUUGGGAGGUGCGGCUAGUUGUGACGCGCAUCACAUCACAGAUCCACAACCGGAUGGGCUUGGAGUAGCAUCUUGCAUGAUCAAGAGCUUGAAAGAUGCAGGAGUUGAUGCUCAAGAGGUUAACUAUGUGAAUACUCAUGCGACCUCAACCCGUGCCGGAGAUUUACCCGAGGUUAAGGCUAUCAAGAGAGUCUUCAACAACACCUCUGAGUUGAAGAUCAAUUCCACCAAGUCAAUCAUCGGACACGGACUCGGUGCUGCGGGUGGACUGGAAGCAAUAGCAACGAUCAAAGCAAUCAACACCGGUUGGUUACAUCCUACACUCAACCAAGAUGAAUUGGAGGCUGAAGUCACCAUUGACACUGUCCCAAAUGUAAAGAAGCAGCAUCAAAUAAAUGUUGCCAUAUCCAACUCAUUUGGAUUUGGAGGCCAUAAUUCAGUUGCGGUAUUCGCGCCCUUCAGCCCUUGAGACAUCUUAUACAUAUCCCUGUUUAGUGUAUUAAUAAUGUAACGUCUUUACAAGAACAUAAUUAGUUUAUGGCAAGCUCUAUAAAUCUGUCUACAA